AUGAAGAAACUCCUAGGUGUUGUGCUUUAUUUUUUUGUUCUACACAAACACAUAGAUGCAAAGAGUGGAAAUUUGCGAAACAGUGAUGCUACAAAUGAAUCAGUUGAAAAAGGAAAAAAUGUUACUAAUGGAUGGAUCCCUUAUUAUUAUUUACUCCCAAAAGGGCAGACUACACCAAUUGCUGUCUUAGCUGCAAUGCCAGAGAAAACUACUUUUAGAAAGCCAGCCAACAUGAAAAAGGAUGUGACAGAGGGGGAGGAAGGUGAGGAAAAUGUGAACAGUUUAAUCCAAUCGGGUGAAGCGAACGACGGAGAUUUUCAAUUUACACUUCAAAUAGUAGAAGGCGCAGACCACUUGACAGACGCGCAUCUGGAGGGAGGGUCCUCUGCAGCUGAUGCUGUGAAUGCGGAAGUGCCAACUGGUCAGGUGGUGGAAGAUUUGCAGGGGGGGGCAGAAGCACUGCUGGAACAAGCUGCGGGACAUACACCUGAACAAGAACCCGUGCGUGUGCCCGCUGUUGAGCAACCACAAGCCGCAGACAAUCAAAAUGGAGAAGCGGCAGAGGAAGCAGAAUCUCUGCCCGUGCAUGAAGCGGACAAUGUGCCAGUUGAAGAGGGGCAACAAGGGACACCUGCGGUGCCUGAGCAGGCAGUAGAAGAGAGUGUGGCUACCCAGCCAGCAGAUGCUAGUGUGCCUGAGCAGGCAGUAGAUGAGAGUGUUGCUACCCAGCCAGCAGAUGCUAGUGUGCCUGAGCCCAACACCAGCACGGGCAGCGAAGUCGACUCCGUGGAAGAGGCAAACGAACAAGAAAACCUUUAUCAUAUAGAGGACGAAGGAGAAGGAGAAGAGGAAGAAAUGGAAGAUGAAGAAUUCGAGGAUGACUACCACAACGUAAUGUACAAAUUAAAUGAAAGCGAAGGAGAGACAGACAUUCCUUCGUAUGAUGACUCAAACUAUUUGACCAGAGCGGAUAUAGUAGUCAUGAUUGCUGCUCGAAACAUGUUAAAUGCUUUAAACGAUAAUUACUCGAUUAUGGAUUUCCUGACGACUUUUAAUCCUAAUGUGAUGAAUUCGUUCCACUUGUUUUGA